UUUUGAUGAAAUUCUCCAUUUGUUGUCAAACUCGUCAGGGUGAACAAAAAGGAAAUCAGAGUGUGGCCUGCGGCUCAUAUCUGAGGGUAAAGAUCCUCGGGAAAUGGAGAUGGCUCGAAUUAGAUCUCUGCUCCUUGUAUCAACGAUGUUACUGUUGGUAGCUAAUUGCACUGUUGAAAGUCGUAAGAGUGGCAAGUCUUCACCGUCUUCGGUUUUCUCUUUGUUCAAUCUUAAGGAAAAAAGUAGGUUUUGGAGUGAGGACGUUAUACGUGGAGAUUUUGAUGAUUUAGACGUAAGCAGCCCUUCUAAAAUGGGUGUUUAUAACUACACCAAGGCAGCUAAUAUUGCGAAUUACCUGAACCUUAUGGAAGUGGAUUCUCUGUACCUUCCCGUUCCUGUAAAUUUCAUUUUCAUGGGAUUUGAUGGAAAGGGGAACCAAGAGUUCAAUCUAAAAGCAGAAGAGCUUGAGCGAUGGUUCACCAAAAUAGAUCACAUCUUUGCACAUACACGAGUUCCUCAAAUUGGAGAAAUCAUCACUGGAUUUGACAGAGUUAUCAUAGAUAAAAAGCAACAUCAGCAUCUUCCAAUAAUAAGUCAUAUAAAUUACAAUUUCUCUGUCCAUGCCAUUCGAAUGAAUGAACAUGUGACUUCUGUCUUUGAGCGUGCCAUCAAUGUUCUAGCCCGCAAAGAUGAUGUAUCAAUUGACAGGAAUGACACUGAUUCUCUUUGGCAAGUAGAUGCAGACAUGAUGGAUGUUCUUUUCGCUAGCCUUGUUGAAUACCUUCAGCUUGAAGAUGCAUAUAACAUCUUCAUUUUGAAUCCUCGCCGUGAUUCAAGAAUAGCUAAAUAUGGCUACCGGAGAGGUUUAUCCGAGUCAGAAAUAACUCUACUCAAAGAGGAUAAGGGUCUGCAAACUAAAAUUCUUCAGUCACGGAGUGUUCCAGCAAGUGUUCUUGCUCUUGAUAACAUGAAGAAACCCUUGUAUGGAAAGCAUCCAAUGGCAAAGUUUUCAUGGACAGUUACAGACGAAACUGAUACGGAGGAAUGGCACAAUAUUUGCUUAGAUGCACUGAUGGAUGUCGAGAAAUUGUAUCAAGGAAAGAAUACUACUGAAAUAAUUCAGAACAAAGUUCUACAGUUAUUAAAUGGGAAGAAUGAAGAUACAAAGCUUCUUCUUCAAAGGGACUUAAAGUUGGGGGACUUCAGUGACUACCAUGAAGAAUGUCUAACAGAUACAUGGAUUGGAAAGGACAGAUGGGCUUUCAUUGAUUUAUCUGCUGGACCUUUUUCCUGGGGACCUGCUGUUGGUGGAGAAGGUGUUAGAACUGAAUUAAGUUUGCCUAAUGUGGGAAAGACUAUAGGUGCUGUCGAAGAAAUUUCUGAAGCUGAAGCUGAAGAUCGCUUGCAAGAUGCAAUUCAGGAAAAGUUUUCUGUAUUUGGUGAUAAGGAUCAUCAGGCAAUUGAUAUUCUUCUAGCAGAGAUUGAUAUCUAUGAGCUUUUUGCUUUCAAGCAUUGCAAAGGAAGGAAAGUCAAGCUCGCUCUAUGUGAUGAGCUUGACGAGAGAAUGCGGGAUUUGAAAGAUGAGCUUCAGUCAUUUGAAAAUGAAGAGCAUGAUGAAAGCCACCGUAGGAAGGCUGUAGAUGCUUUAAAACGGAUGGAGAACUGGAAUUUGUUUAGUGAUACUGUUGAGGAAUUCCAGAACUACACUGUUGCUCGGGAUGCUUUUCUUGGACAUCUUGGUGCGACUCUAUGGGGAUCUGUGAGACACAUUAUAUCCCCUUCAGUUGCUGAUGGCGCUUUCCAUUAUUAUGAGAAGAUAUCGUAUCAAUUGUUUUUCAUUACAAAGGAGAAAGUUAAAGAUAUUAAAAGGUUGCCAUUGGACCUAAAGGCUCUCCAGGAUGGACUUUCAUCUUUGUUGAUACCUUCACAGAAGGUUAUGUUCAGUCAGCAUGUGUAUGCAUUCUGAACUAUUCUUUAUUUUUUAAAAUUUUGC